GUUUGGCGGCUGGCGCUGUGGAAGGAGGCGGAGGCAGUGGCGACCGCGCGGGGAGGGGGAGUCCCGUCUGACUGAGACGGCAGGGCGGAGCGCCGGGGCCAGGGGAUGAGCUAAGCGGGCUGCUAGUGCCGCGGCAUUCAGCCCCCUCGUGUCCCGCCCGCCGCGCGUGAACGCAUCGGACCCCGCGCUUCGGGCUCUCCCCGGCGCUCGCGCGGGGGUCGGCGGGGAGUCACUACUAUCCUACUGUCGGGCUCUAUGAAAUCAUCUCAAGAAUGUUUUAACAGGUUAAAUGAUAAAGACUUAUUCCUUGGCUGGUUGUCUACUCCCACCUUGAGGAAAGAACAGGGUAGAAAGCCACUGAGAAAUCACACUGGCCUAGUACAAGGAAGGAGGACAGUCAUUCCCUUUAAAAGGUAUUUCUCAAUCUCGAGGCCUGAAGAAUUUACAUGUUGGGAACUGCUGUUUUCCAUCAGAAACUCCAGUAAUGUAAGCAGUCUAACAUGCUUAGCUACUUUGACCUAAUGGAGUGAGAUAAGAAAUAAAAAGCAUCUGGAUUGGACAGAGAUUGAAAGGGAGAAAAACAAAGCAAUCUCCCAUUAGUUAAUGAAUGGAUGCAAGUUUAGUAAUGGAAGAUGAUUGAAGACAAGGGGCCUCGUGUUGCUGACUACUUUGUUGUAGCAGGCUUAACUGAUGUUUCAAAGCCUCUUGAAGAGGAAAUUCACUUCAACGAUGCCUGUCACAAAGUGGCUAAACCAAAAGAACCCAUCACAGAUGUUUCUGUUAUCAUCAAAUCCCUUGGGGAGGAGGUGCCACGGGAUUACACAUGUAUUGACUUUACCCCAACUGGAUUGUCAGCAGAUCUCAAUAAUGGAAGUCUUGUAGGACCCCAGAUUUACCUUUGCUAUAAAAGAGGGAGAGAUAAACCUCCACUUACAGAUCUGGGGGUAUUAUAUGACUGGAAAGAAAGACUAAAACAGGGCUGUGAGAUUAUUCAAAGUACUCCCUAUGGACGACCUGCCAAUAUUAGUGGCAGUACCUCAUCACAAAGAAUCUAUAUCACUUACCGAAGAGCCUCUGAAAACAUGACUCAGAAUACCCUUGCUGUCACAGACAUAUGCAUUAUUAUACCCAGUAAAGGAGAAAGUCCACCACACACAUUCUGCAAGGUCGACAAGAAUCUCAACAAUAGUAUGUGGGGAUCUGCAGUGUACUUAUGCUAUAAAAAAUCAGUGGCAAAGACUAACACUAUAUCCUACAAAGCAGGUCUAAUUUGCAGAUAUCCUCAAGAAGAUUAUGAGUCAUUUUCACUACCAGAAUCUGUUCCCCUGUUUUGUUUACCAAUGGGUGCAACUAUCGAAUGCUGGCCACCAAACAGCAAAUACCCUCUUCCUGUGUUCUCUACAUUUGUGUUGACUGGAGCCUCAGCUGAAAAGGUCUAUGGUGCUGCUAUUCAGUUUUAUGAACCAUACUCUGAGGAGAAUCUUACAGAAAAACAGAGACUUCUUUUGGGUUUAACGUCUCAGGAGGAUGGAAAGUCUGAUGGUUCUAGAACAAUUCACACUAACAAAUGCAUUUGCCUUCUUUCUCACUGGCCUUUUUUUGAUGCAUUCAGAAAGUUUCUGACUUUUCUUUAUCGUUAUUCCAUCUCUGGACCUCAUGCCCUUCCAAUUGAAAAGCAUAUUUCUCAUUUUAUGCAUAAAGUUCCUUUUCCGUCUCCUCAGAGGCCACGGAUUUUAGUUCAGUUAUCACCACAUGAUAAUUUGAUUCUCAGUCAGCCUGUUUCUUCACCUCUUCCACUAAGUGGUGGAAAGUUUUCAACACUACUUCAGAAUCUUGGCCCUGAAAAUGCUGUGACACUACUGGUGUUUGCUGUAACAGAACAUAAAAUUCUCAUCCAUUCCCUACGGCCUUCUGUGCUUACUAGUGUGACAGAAGCAUUAGUGUCUAUGAUUUUCCCUUUCCACUGGCCAUGCCCAUAUGUUCCUCUCUGCCCACUGGCUUUAGCAGAUGUCCUCAGUGCGCCAUGUCCAUUCAUAGUAGGGAUUGAUUCAAGAUACUUUGAUCUUUAUGACCCUCCACCAGAUGUCAGUUGUGUUGACCUAGAUACCAACACCAUUUCUCAAACUGGUGACAAAAAGAGUGUGGCCUGGAAGAUUCUUCCAAAGAAGCCAUGUAAAAACCUGAUGAAUACACUGAAUAAUUUGCACCAGCAAUUGGCAAAAUUGCAGCAGAGGCCAAGAGAUGAUGGACUAAUGGACUUAGCAAUGAAUGAUUACGAUUUUAAUUCUGGGAAAAGGCUGCACAUGAUAGAUUUGGAAAUCCAGGAGGCAUUCUUGUUUUUCAUGGCCUCUAUUUUAAAAGGUUAUAGAUCAUACUUAAGGCCAAUAACACAAGCUCCAUCUGAGACAGCAACAGAUGCAGCCUCUCUUUUUGCUCUUCAAGCCUUCUUAAGAAGCCGGGACCGAUCACAUCAAAAAUUCUAUAACAUGAUGACCAAAACACAAAUGUUUAUUCGCUUCAUUGAGGAAUGUUCUUUUGUCAGCGAUAAAGAUGCAAGCCUGGCUUUUUUUGAUGAUUGUGUAGAUAAAGUGGAUAUGGACAAGAGUGGUGAAGUUCGGCUUAUAGAACUGGACUCAUCUUUCAAAAGUGAACAUACUGUCUUUGUGACACCACCCGAGAUCCCCCAUCUACCCAAUGGUGAAGAGCCCCCAUUACAGUACAGCUAUAAUGGAUUUCCAGUUCUCAGAAACAAUUUAUUUGAGAGGCCUGAAGGAUUUCUACAAGCAAGAAAGAACAAGCUGCCUUCAAAACCCAGCAGUCCUAGUAGCCCUUCUCCCAUGUUCAGAAGAACAAAGCAGGAAAUCAAAUCAGCCCAUAAGAUUGCGAAGAGGUAUUCUUCUAUCCCUCAGAUGUGGUCUAGGUGUCUGCUGCGUCACUGUUACGGAUUGUGGUUUAUUUGUCUCCCAGCUUAUGUGAAGGUUUGUCAUUCCAAAGUCAGGGCUCUGAAAACAGCGUAUGAUGUGCUUAAAAAAAUGCAGCUGAAGAAGAUGGAUCCACCCGAUGAGGUGUGCUACCGAAUUCUCAUGCAGCUCUGUGGACAGUAUGACCAGCCCGUGCUUGCAGUUCGAGUGCUUUUUGAAAUGCAGAAAGCUGGUAUUGACCCCAAUGCAAUCACUUAUGGGUAUUACAAUAAGGCUGUUUUGGAAAGUACAUGGCCUUCAAGAAGUCGCAGUGGCUAUUUUCUUUGGACAAAAGUAAGAAAUGUUGUUUUAGGAGUCGCACAGUUCAAAAGAGCUUUGAAGAAACAUCCACACUUACCACAGAGAGCUCUCUCGGGUGGUCGGUCUGAUCUUGGAUAUAAUUCAUUAUCUAAGGACGGUAUUAGAAGAGAGGGUACAUCUACUGAAGACAUUCAAGGGGAAAAAGACAAAAAAGGGAGUGAUUCUAGUUCCUUGUCAGAGAAUGAGAGUACAAAAGGAAGUGCUGAUUGCCUUCCUACUCUCAGUUACCGAAGUUCUUCAACUAUAGUUCGCCUCAGUGGUGCAGAUAACAACAGUGCUGAUAAAAUGGCUGGAGAAUCUGAGGAAAGUACACCUGAGCUGCUCUUAAUGCCGUCUCCUGAGAAUACAAAUGAAACACAAACCAUGCAAAGUAGAUGCUUCAGGAGAAGACAUAAAAGUGAUGAUGAAUCUCAUUUGCAGCAGCAAACAGCCUGGGGAAAUAGGAACCGUAAUCUUAGUGGUGGGGUUCUGAUGGGAUUUAUGCUGAAUAGAAUUAACCGGGAAACAAACCCUGGAGAUAUGGUUGAAAAAUUAGGAGCUGAUGCAAAAAUUCUUUCAAAUGUUAUCUCAAAAAGCACAAGACCAAAUAGUCUUGAUAUAGGAAAGCCACCUGUAAAAUCAAAAAGAGACAGCCUAGAAAAGGAAUCUAGUGAUGAUGACACGCCUUUUGAUGUCUCUAACUGCUUGGAUAAAGUGGAUUCUCCUGUUAUUUUUGACUUAGAAGAUUUAGACACUGAAGCAGAUGGAUCGAAAGUGGGAUGUGUCGCUACACAAAAUCCCAAGAGGCUCCAACGUAUGAACAGCAGCUUUUCAGUAAAACCUUCUGAAAAAACAGAUGUUGUAACAGGAUUUGACCCCCUCUCUCUCUUGGUUGCUGAGACUGAACAGCAGCAGAAGGUGGAAGAAGAAGAGGAUGAAGAUGAUAGCAAAAGCAUUUCAACACCAUCUGCUAGGCGCAAUUUAGCUGAAGAAAUUGAGAUGUAUAUGAAUAACAUGAACAGUCCUUUGACAAGCCGAACACCAAGCAUUGAUUUACAACGAGCAUGUGAUGAUAAGUUAGCUAAUAAGAAAAGUCCAACAUUGGUCAAGGCCUGCAGAAGAUCAAGCCUCCCUCCAAAUUCUCCUAGGCCAGUGAGACUUACCAAAUCUAAGAGUUAUACCAAAAGUGAGGAGAGACCAAGGGAUCGACUGUGGUCUUCACCAGCCUUCUCACCCACUUGUCCAUUUAGGGAAGGAUCUCAAGAAACACUAGCCCAUUCAUCACCUUCAUUUAAUUUAGAUACACUGCUGGUACCCAAACUAGAUGUUCUAAGGCACAGUGUGUUCUCUGCGGGGAAAGGAGUUGCAGAGAAAGCAAGCAAAUGGUACUCAAGGUUCACCACGUAUACCACAUCAUCAAAGGAUCAAAGUUCUGAUCGUACCAGUCUUUCUUCAGUGGGAGCCCAGGAUUCUGAAUCUACCUCUUUGACAGAUGAAGAUGUCUGCCAUGAGUUGGAAGGAGCCACUUCUUCCCAAGAAAGCAGUGCCACUUCAGGGGCCAAGGGAAUAGAUGCCAGCCGCACAAGCCUGGGAAGCUCCGCCUCCUUAGAAGGAUCCCUAUCAAAGUUUGCCUUACCUGGAAAGUCAGAAACUGCAUCUUCCCUCAACACCAGUAAUACAAAUAUCUUCCAGAACUAUGCAAUGGAGGUUCUCAUCUCAAGUUGUUCUCGGUGUAGAACUUGUGAUUGUCUUGUCCAUGAUGAGGAAAUCAUGGCUGGCUGGACAGCAGAUGACUCCAAUCUCAAUACUACAUGCCCAUUUUGUGGCAAUCUUUUCUUACCCUUUCUGAAUGUUGAAAUCAGAGAUUUAAGGCGACCUGGAAGAUAUUUCUUGAAGUCCAGCUCAUCUACAGAAACCAUGCCCUUUGCAUCCUCCUUCUCACAUCAGACAAGGCAGCCUUGCAUUUCAGCAUCAGCCUCUGGUCUCAACACAUCUGCUCUCUCUGUUCAAGGGAAUUUUGAUCUAAAUAACAAAUCUAAACUGCAGGAAAAUACCUGUGCUCGAAGUAUUCAGAUCCCUGCUCACAGAUCAAAAACGGUUGUGUCGAAGUGCCCGCUAUUUCCAAUGGCCAGAAGCAUUAGUACUUGUGGCCCCUUGGAUAAGGACGAUCCUGGAGGACAGAAGCUCAUCCCUACAGGCAGCCUGCCAGCAACUUUACAAGGAGCUACAGAUUCCUUAGGGUUAGAAUGGCACCUUCCAAGUCCAGACCCUGUCACUGUCCCAUACCUUAGUCCCUUAGUGGUAUGGAAGGAACUUGAGAGCUUAUUGGAAAAUGAAGGUGACCAUGCAAUAACAGUGGCAGACUUUGUGGACCAUCAUCCAAUUGUCUUUUGGAACUUGGUGUGGUAUUUUAGACGUCUCGACUUGCCUAGUAACUUGCCUGGAUUGAUUCUUUCUUCUGAGCAUUGUAACAAGUAUUCAAAGAUUCCCCGCCACUGUAUGUCUGAAGAUAGUAAAUAUGUUUUAAUACAGAUGUUAUGGGACAAUAUGAAAUUACAUCAGGAUCCAGGGCAACCCCUGUACAUUCUCUGGAAUGCCCACAGUCAGAACCGCACUCUUUUGUUUGAGACUCAAAAGUAUCCAAUGGUUCAUUUAUUACAAAAAAGUGAUAACUCAUUUAACCAGGAACUGUUGAAAAGUAUGGUGAAAAGCAUUAAAAUGAAUGAUGUCUAUGGACCCAUGAGUCAGAUUUUAGAGACUCUGAAUAAGUGUCCACAUUUUAAAAGACAACGGAGUUUAUAUAGAGAAAUACUAUUUCUCUCACUUGUGGCUCUGGGAAGAGAAAACAUUGAUAUAGAUGCAUUUGACAAAGAGUACAAGAUGGCAUAUGAUCGUCUCACACCCAGUCAGGUCAAGAAUACACAUAACUGUGACAGGCCGCCAAGUACUGGGGUGAUGGAGUGCCGAAAAACCUUUGGAGAACCUUACCUUUAAGAUGUGUGUGUAUAUGUAUACAUUCGAUAUAUAUUGUAUAGUCAGUGUACAAAGUAACACUUUUAGACUCUAAACUUCAGUUUUUGAAAAUGCACUUGUAAAUGGGUUGGAAAUUUUAGGUCGCUGUGUACAGAAUGCUUUCGUAAGAGAACAGUGACUGAUAGGGAGAGAGCCACUUCCCAUUUCUUUCUUCUCUUGCUCCCCUGUGAAGUAAUUAAGUACUUUGUGAUGAGAAAGUCUCUUUAAAGACUUGGUUGCCACAAGAUUACACAACUGUUUUAUGGUUUCUCUUGAAAGAGAUGGGUAGAAAAUCAUGUAUGGAACCUAAGCAGAAAUGUAAGCCCAAGUAUCUCCUGUUUUCAUGGACUGUUCAAAUGCUUUGACCAUGAAGUUGUAUUAUACAUAUUUUAAAUUGUUUAUAGUAAGUUGAUAUUUUUUUAAUUUUUAAAUUUAAUAUAGCAAACUUAAAAUGAAUUUAAACUUAUGAAACAAGUGUUUAUUUUCUUUGUCUCUGGUCUUUGAAGUAAUUAGCACAGCUGCAAAUCUCUAUAUGUUUAUCUACCUAUAUAUUUUUUUUAUUACUUGAGAGAAUGAAUUUUAACUCAUCAGUGCUGGUGUCCUCGGAUUGCAUGCUAGCACCUCUAAGUCUGACCACUGAGAGUGAGUGAUGGAAAGGCAGGGCAUGAGCCAGUGCAGGGAGUGCCAGCCAGGGUGCCUCCGCCAUGGUCCAGUCUCCUCCACUGUGAGUAGAUGCAGACAGUACCCAGGGAAAAUAGCUCACAAUCCAAAUAGCAACUUAAAUAUUAAUAUUCUAUGUGAAAACUUACAUAGGGGAUAUUCCGUUGACAACUAAUUCUUCUAAAUUUCACCCAAAAUAUUGGGUAUAAAGCAAAUUGUACUAUAAAAUAUGUAUCUGAAAUAUGGUUUAAUGGGGUAUUCUGUUAAUAAUAUGUAUAGAGAGAGAUUCAAAGUAUUUUUUGAAAGCAAAAAUAUAGUAACCGUCUAAAAGUACAGCCAGAGAGAAUUUCCCAUAUUGAGGAACUUAGCUCUUUCAACAAGCUUCAGAAUCUGAAGGUCAUGGAAUCUAAAAUGUAGAACUAUACAUAAUCAGACAAUAAAUUCAAUGUUCAAACACCGUGAGUAUUAAAUUGACUUUUAAAAUGUAUUUUUAGUUAUAUUAUUUCUAAGAUCACUUUUUAAAAUAAUUUCUCAUAAGAAAAAAGCAUCCUUUGCCUUUUAAAAUUGUCCAUGUCUUUUCAGUAUUUGUAUGUACAUUUGCAAAGGCUGUCGUGUAUAAAGGAAGGCUAGCCAUUUUAAAAGGAAGAGGAAAGGGGUGGUCUCAGACUUGGGUUUAAAGCCAACAGACAUGAUGCUCGACCUGGAAAUACCUUAGAUCCCUGAGACCCACCAGUUCAGCCACAGAAAAGCUGCCUUUCGGUUCCUGCCACCACUGAGCAGCCAGGCUGAAGCACUCACAGCUCUGCCCUCAGAGAGCAUAAAAUGUGAAUCUUGAGUUCAGCUGGUGGAGCUGAACUUACCUACUUGAACACACUGGUGCUACGCACACGCGUACCUGCCGCUCCUGUCGGAUCCACUCCAGCCUCACUCUCCUCUACCGUUUCUCAUUCUCCAAGAAGAUUUGAGAGAGGAGGCUGUCGGCACUGGUGGUAAACAUCCCUUCAAACAGGAAUUGGGUUGAUAUGGGUUCUUGUCUGUGUUUUCUUUUUAUUUCCCUUAUGAGGACAGCUUGCACUGUUCCCUACUGUUUCUGUAAUGUAAACUGUGUAGGAAGGAGAGUUCGUCUGACAGAGACAAAACGGCUCUUCAUACUCACUCAGAAAACUGAGCACGAUUUCUGUCUCCCAGCUCUACCCUGAGUUUUGUUUUCUGUCUCUGAAUAAAGUUGUGUUUCUCUUGCUUUUAAUCUUUAGGAAUUAUUAUUGUAUGAAGACAGUUUUUUAAAAUAAUAUCUAAAACCUGGAACAGAACUCAGUCAGUCCUGCGCCAAAGAAAACUAAAAGAAGGAUCAUCUUCUGAAACAAUUUACUGCAAGCAGGUUUUCAGUAUUUUGUUGAACAUACACAUCUUGGGAAAGUGCAGCCGAUAGUGUUGGAGAGCAGUGUCUUUUCCUCCACUAAGUUCUUACUUUUCAUUCUUAGUUUUGCUUAUGUUUCAGUUGCUGGAAAUAAACCACGCUCCUGUUAGUACAGUUUGUUUAAGACUCUCAUAGGUUUGAACAUUUCUCUGUGUAUGUAUAUACUACUUUAAAUAUUCAACAUUUUCCUCCCGUUGCCAGAUUUCACAGUAUAUAGCUAUUCAUCUUCUGAUUGUCUUUUUUCUUAACUUUUUUAUAACCUUUAAACCCUCGAAACUAUCAACCGAUCUAUAAUAAAGUUGUCUAGUAUGUCUUCUCAUUUUUGUAUAUAGAGAAAUGACCCUGAAAAUGUUGGUUCAGCAUUUUAGGCAAUAAAUCCUUAUUUUUA